GAGCCGUUCCCUUCCCCCUGCUGGGCAUUGCCGCUUUCCCUCUUCCUUCAGCUCUGAUGUUGUUGCUAAUAUCCGCUUGAGAACGACAGGCCGCGGACGAAUCCCCGGACUCGCGUUAUAACCCCGCCCGGCUGUGGGCCUCGGCAUUGCCCUUGUGGGGGAGUGAGCCGAAAAAGGGGCGAGAUUACCGGGCGACCAAUGUAGCUGUUGCAGUCAGUGUUGUUGUCCAAGCAUGAAGAAACUUCAAAGCCAUUCUGGAAUAUGCUUUUAAUUAUUAAAAGUUUAUUUGAUAAAGGGAACUUUUUUUUUACCCCGUUGGGGAGAACGAGCACCUGUUUUUUUAAAACUAUAACCACAUGGAAAGAGGGAAGACCUGUAUUGAAAUAACGUCUCGAACCUCUUCAGGCAUUUAACCCAACUCUCAGUGGCUGCUUGUAACUGGAAGAAAUUGAAAUUGGGCAGGAAAAGACUUGUUUCCCAGUAUUGAGCUUUAAAGUUUUCUUCCUACCAUGUUCAUAAGCCGGAUCUUGUCACUGGGAAAGUGCAUUCCACCGCAGACUUCUGUAGAAAGUGUUUGGUUAUGCCAACAUGUGGCAUGUAAUCUUUUGGCAUACUCUCACGCCAACAACACUUCAUUACGAAGUUUCACCAUAAGUUGUUUGAAAUACGCUAAGGCUCGAGGCCUCCAGAAGAAGAAAGGGCUUUCUGAAAAGAAACUGACCCGGUACUUUGUGGAUCAACGUAAAGUCAGUGUGUUUGGCGGGAGAGGCGGUGAUGGAACAUGCACUUUCCACAGUGAGCCCCGCAAAGAAUUCGGAGGACCUGAUGGUGGAAAUGGAGGGGAUGGAGGACAUGUUAUUUUAAAAGUUGUUCGACAAGUAAAAUCACUGUCAGCCAUCGUGUCCCUUUAUCGUGGCAAUGAUGGAGUUUCUGGAAGAAGUAAAAAUUGUUACGGAAGAAAUGCAGCUCACACUUACAUAAUGGUGCCGCUUGGUACUGUGGUCAAAGAAGAUGGGAGGAUAGUUGCUGAUCUCUCAUCUCACGGAGAGGAAUAUAUCGCAGCAUAUGGGGGGCUUGGUGGCAAGGGCAAUCGGUUCUUUCUGUCCAAUGAGAAUCGGGCACCAACAACCGCGACCCCAGGAGAGCAGGGUCAGCAGCGGGUCUUGCAGCUGGAGCUCAGGACCAUGGCUCAUGCUGGUAUGGUUGGCUUUCCCAAUGCUGGAAAAUCUUCUCUUCUGCGAGCUAUCUCAAAUGCCCGGCCGGCAGUGGCUGAUUACCCGUUCACUACGUUAAAUCCUCAUGUUGGUGUUAUACACUAUCGAGACUUUGAGCAGAUUGCAGUUGCAGACAUCCCUGGAAUCAUCAGAGGAGCUCACAGAAACAAGGGCCUGGGAGUUUCCUUCUUGAGACACAUUGAACGCUGCCGCUUUUUGCUAUUUGUGCUCGAUCUGUCAACACUGGAGCCCUGGCAGCAGCUGGAAGACUUAAAAUAUGAACUGGAGCAGUACGAUAGGGGCUUAUCGGAAAGACCAUUUUGUGUCAUUGGGAACAAAAUAGACCUUCCAGAGUCCAAAACCAAUCUUGUUCAGCUUCGAGAAAAAUUAAAGCAGUGUGUAAUAAUCCCAGUAUCUGCACUGACUGGUGCAAAUGUUGAAGAACUUUUACUGCAUCUCAGGGAACUUUAUGAUGGAUACCUGGAGAGCACCCAGAUUAAGGGCUGCGUGCCAGUAAAGUGGUAAAAUUAUACUUAUGGAAAUAUAUAUCCAAAGUAAAUUAUGAAACUAGUCAAAAACAAAUUGUGAGAAUCUUUUGUUCUGAAUAUAAAAUGUUGAAGUCUUUAUGGUUCUUUGUAUAUUAUUUCGCUUCAGAAAUGCAUAUCACCAAGAUUUUGUUACAAUGGAAAUAAUAUAGAUUUAUUCACGUGCAAAAUGGAUAGAUUUCUUUCUGAAAAUGUUUUAAAAUACAGUGAGUAAUUGAAGCAUGAUUGAAAGGAACAGAUGACUUUGGCCCAAUAGUCUUCAAAGCUUUCCACCAUUUUGGGGGCUGGGGGACAUAGUGUUCUUAACCCUCAUGUCUGGAUCUGUUGUAGGCUAAUUGUUAGAGAUUGAUUGCUCUGAUUAGUGAACAACUGCAUUAUUCCUGCAUUAUUGUUGUAUAAAGCAACUACCAAGAUGGUAGAAAGUGAA